AUGGUGAGUCUGCUCGAUCAAAUCGCUGCCGCACCUCGGCCCUUUAUGGUGUUUGCGGACGCUUCGCAGGCGCAGGCGCAGGCGCAGGCGCAGGCGCAGGCGUUCUCGAGAUGCUGUAGCUCCUAAGCGGCAACGCUUGGCGUUCCGAGUCCCGGCGUGCCGCUCUUCAAUGUCUUGCUCUACUCCAGACCGAAGUUGACUCUUCGUUCUGUUUCUCACUCCCUUGUCAUGCCUUUGCUGCGUGCGCGUACGCUUCGCCGGAACUGUCCGCACGGUCGCACUCCGCCGUCCGUCCUGGUCCUAAUUCGACAACGUCCAAUCAACAGUCGGCAGACAACUCCACCCUCACCGCCGACGCUACAGAGUCUUGCGCUGGACCCAACACCUUCAACGGCAAGCUGGACCUCCGUAUCGCUUCCGUCUUUGUCAUCCUUGUAAGUCGUUUACCCCUCGACCCUGGGCUCAGUGAUUCGGGUCGAGCGCACGUUUAGGCACAGCUCCAGGCAAGGCCGGCCCACCGUGCUGAAUGUGAUACUGACAGGUCCAAUCUUUCCACCCCAGGUCACCUCCCUUUUUGGUACCUUGCUUCCGAUCGUGUCCCGGAGGCUCAAAUCUGUUCCCGAUGUUGCGUACCGGAUCGUCAAAUACUUCGGUUCGGGUGUCAUUAUUGCGACCGCCUUUGUGAGUUGACGUCAGAUUCUUCUCCAGUGGUCCCUCGUAACCUCCUAGGCGUUUCUUGCUGACGCAAGCACAUUACCAGAUUCAUCUCUUGGCUCCGGCAUGGGACGCCUUAACGAGUCCGUGCUUGCAAUACGGCGUCUGGGUCGAGUACGACUGGGCACCGGCAAUCGCCAUGAUCAGCAUGUUCUGGUGAGCAUCGCAACUGGCUGGCUUACUCUAGACGUAUCAGACUCAAGUUGCCGACCUUUUUCUUUUCUCAGCCUGUUCCUCGUCGAAUUGGUCGCUCACCGAGCCGGUGCUUCCUAUCUCGCCAAGCGCGGUCUCCGCGCUGUUGAUGCCCACUCUCAAGGCAACAACCAGCCUAGCCACUCGACCCACGGUGCCCACAUCGAUGACCGCGUAGCCGUUGCCUCGUCACCCUUGGAGGACCUCGAAGGCGAUGUACGCAAGGAAGGCCUGCUCUCCGAUGACGAGAGCGAUGAGACGGCGAUUCUCACGGACGAGGCCGUAAUGGCCCGCAUCAUCGGUGUCGCCAUCCUCGAAUUCGGUGUCAUCUUCCACUCUCUGAUGAUUGGUUUGACUUUGGCUGGUGAGUUCGACUCGCCGAGUUGGAGUUGUAAUGGACCAGAUUCGUGCGAACUACACUGACACCGCCUACUUCUCGCCUAUCUCAGUUGACCCCGACUUCUCGACCCUCUUCGUCGUGCUCAUCUUCCACCAAAUGUUCGAGGGUCUCGGUCUCGGUUCGCGAUUGUCUGCCCUCCCUCUUCCCCGUGCCUACCGCUGGGUUCCGUACAUCGCCGGAUCCGUUUACGCUUGCGUAACCCCUCUCGGUAUCGCUAUCGGUCUCGGUGUUCGUACGACCUACAACCCCAACACGGCCACGGCCUCGAUUGUCUCCGGUGUCCUCGACGCUACUUCCGCCGGUAUCCUUCUGUACACUGGUCUCGUUGAGCUUCUGGCGCACGAUUUUAUCUUCAACAAGGAGAUGGCUAGGGACGCGAGCAACGUCAAGGUCGCUGGGUCUGUGUGAGUACCUCGUGGAUACUCCUCCGUUCCCUUCUGCGGUGACCAAGAAGCUGACUUCGACUCUUUGUUACCCCUCAGGCUCUGCGUUCUCGUUGGUGCUGGUAUCAUGUCGCUGCUUGGACGAUGGGCAUAG